UCUCGGAAUGGAAACAUCCAGGGCCAGAAGAUCUAUCAGUCUCACCUCCAGACUCUCCACGAUUGUUGCUUUAGCAAAUUUGGCACAGCCGGUCGUUGUUGUCACGAUCGGUGUUGUUGCAUUGUCGUGUCGUCGUCGGUUGUAUGAAUCACUCGUUUGGAGUUUUGUUGUGAAGGAAUACUGGUUGCGGAUUGUUGUGUGGAACAGCUGUAAGUUGCGUGCUGAAGAGCGUUUCGCCCUCAGUGUUGUACUUCUGACGACAAGGGUUGCCCAUGUGAGGUCUCGCGCUACGGGGACCGCUCCUCACUAGCCAUGGCAAGCACAUCCCCUGUGAAUUUGCGGCUUUUCGUCUAUUUCCUGCUUCUCAUUGUGGUGGCGGUGGAUGCGAAGAAGGACCUGUAUAAGGUUCUAGGAGUUGAUAAGAAUGCUAGUGAUCGAGAGAUCAAGAAAGCGUUUCACAAGCAAUCGCUUAAGUAUCAUCCUGACAAGAAUAAAGCAAAAAAUGCCCAAUCAAAGUUCGAGGAAAUUAGUCACGCAUAUGAAAUACUCUCUGACGCUGACAAGAGGAAGCAGUAUGAUCUGGUCGGCGAUGAAACGGGUCAUGGAUUUGGAGGUGCAAAUUUUGGAGGGCAAUAUGGAGGACAACAGUUUCAGAGUGACGGUCCGUUCUUCCAAUCUGGUGGGCCCGGUGGUCGAACAUUUACCUUCACAUUUGGUGGUCCUAACCAAGGUGGAGGGGAUGAUCAUGGUUUUUCACAGUUUUUCGGCAAUUCUCAAUCGGGGCGUCAAUCAAGACAAAAGCAAAACAACAAAAGGCAGGCUGGGGCACAAUCAGGUUGGGCUAAAAAUAUUUACGACAAGUUCGCUGGGAAUGGAGAUGGAGACUCUGGUUUUGGGAACUUUGGAAACUUUGCAAACUUUGGAGGAGGGAUGUUCGACAAUCUUUUUAGCUCCUUCACUGGGGGAGGUGGAGAGCCGAAACAGGGAGAAAACAUUUCUCGGAAGACUGUCAAUGUACCCAAAGGGGUCGAAAAAAUAGGUCCUAAAAAGUUCAAGACACAGGUGUUGGGGACCGAAAAAGUCUCUUGGGUUAUUUUAUAUUACAUGCCAGACUCUCCUGGAAUAAGUGACAAACUGAAGGCCCUGGCAUAUUUUGCUGAAGAGAUGAAGGGAAUAGUUAAGGUUGGUGCAGUUGACUGUGAUAGUCAAGAUAAAUUUUGUAAAGAGCAAGAAAUCCAACAAUUUCCUAAGCUUCUAAUCUAUCCCUUGAGGGCGGGAGGAAGGGCUAAGCCAGUGCCAUAUAAUGGCGACUGGACAAUAAAAGCUGUGAAAAAAUUCAUCAACCAGCAGUUUUCCCCCUUCACAAUCACACUUACUCACGAGAAUUUUGUGGAAGUCAUGUCGAAGGAUCAAGAGCGACCGUUGGCUAUUUUGGUCAGAAAGACCAAGGACCAUCCAGUUUCAUGGGUUGCCUUGUGCGCAGAGUUUGAGAAGCGGGUUGACUGUUAUGACACCAAAGUUACCAGUGACGAGGAUCCUCUUGCUAAGAAACUUGGAGUAAAGGAAUUUCCAGAAGUUGUAGGACUUUUGCCCAACGGGGAUCGUCUUCAUCCAGACGGUAGAGUUUUUGACGAAUCGCUACCUAAAACUGUAGGAUCUCUAAGAACAUUCCUGGAGAAGCUAGAGAAGAACCAGGAUCUUGAGAGCAACGAGCCUAAUGCUGUCCCUGUUCCUCACUUAACCAAAACAAAUAUGAAGAAAGUAUGUGGUCCAGAUUCAUCGUUGUGUAUCAUUGCUGCAUCAAAAUCCAGCAAAGGAGAAGAGAAGUCGAAACGGAUUCUUACCGAGAUAUCACAAAAGUCGCUUGUUAGAAAAUCACAUGGAAAAGGUCAGCCAGUAUCAUACAGCCUGGUGGAUGCAGCGAAACGGAAAACCUUCAUGAAAGCAUUUUCUGCGGUGGAUCUCUCCAGCAUUGACACAGUUUUGGUGGCCUACAAGCCUCGCAGAGGCAGGUCAGCAUUGUAUAGGGGACCAUUGACGCUUGAAGGGGUUGAAGACUUUGUCACCAAAGCAUUGGUUGGUGAUGUUACCUUCGAGCCUGUAUAUGAGACACCGACGCUAUGAUAGUCUAGAGUAGGUUAGUGUUGUCAUCCAAAUACCUGUGCAUAUUAGGAUGAGAAUUUUGAGAAAAGAUUACGGCCCAUUUCCUGAGUUUCUCCAUUUGCUUAUAUUGCCCAUUAUAUUGUCGUUUAGUGAAAUCAAAAAAUUAUUACAUCCAUUCUCAUCUUCCUCAAAA